AUGCUCCCCCAAGCCCUGUCUCUACCCCUAUUGUUCCUCCUCCUGCCCUGCAUUUUCUCUCUUUUCAGUGUCAGCUGUCAUUCUCUCUCUCUCUCUCUCACUCACUGUGUGUGUGUCGGCGGCUUUGGGGGUCUCAGCAGGUACCAGGCUGAGCUCGUGCCUGGCUAUUACCGCCAGCUCCACACCGCUGCUGCCCGCUAUCAAGCCUUGAGCAACGAUGAGCGGCGAAAGCUCAUUGUCGAAAUUGACGCCCAAGAGUCCAAGGUCGAGCAAUCGCUCAAGCAACUCCUCACCCAGAAGCUCAAGGAGCAAAAGAAUCCCAGCUAUCAAUUUGUUAUCGACAAGCGCGCUCAUGAUGCACUGCGUAAGCAACAAGAGGUUGCCCAAGCCCCUUGGUACCAGCGCUUGCAUACCAAGCAGUUUUGGAUUGAGAGCUGGGGCAAGGCCAAGCACGAGUUUCAACAUUACAAGGCCGGCUUUCAGCUCCUCUGGGCCGACAUGAAGAUUGCUGGCCGUUUAAUGGGCAAGGUUGUGCGCGGUCAUCCGCUCACUCGCCGUGAACGGCGCCAGCUGGUCCGCACCAUGUCAGACCUGUUCCGACUGCUCCCCUUUAGCGUUUUCAUCAUCGUGCCGGGCAUGGAGUUUACCCUUCCCUUUUUUAUCCGCAUCUUCCCUGGCAUGCUGCCUUCUCAAUUUCAAGAUGCCAAAUCCAAGGAGGAUCGUCUCAAGGCUCAGCUCAAGGUUCGCCUGGACGUGGCCAAGUUUCUGCAAGAGACUGCCGAGGACAUGGCAGUCAAGCGCAAAAAGGCUGCUGGAGACGACGAUCAACCUACCCUGCAUCAGGAGUUUGGCCAAUUUCUGGCCAAGUACCGUGACAAGGGCUACGUCAGCACCCAAGAAAUUCUGCGCUUUGCUCCCCUCUUUCGCGAUGAGAUGACACUGGAUAGCAUGGACCUGCCCCAACUUAAGGCCAUGUGCAAGCUGCUCAGCCUCGAGCCUGUGGGCAACAGCACCAUCUUGCGCUUUCGUCUGCGUUUGCGUCUUCAGCAGAUCCGGGCCGACGAUCAGGACAUUGCACGGGAGGGCAUUGAGAACUUGUCCAUCCUCGAGCUGCAAGCCGCCUGCCGUGAACGUGGCAUGCGUGCCAUCGGCAUUAGCGAGGCCUCGCUGCGAGAUCGCCUUCAGCAAUGGCUUGAUCUCCAUAUCAAGCACAACGUUCCUGUUACUUUGCUCCUCAUGAGCCGUGUGCUCUACUUGCCCGAGAACGUGCCCGAAUUUGAGCGCCCACCAAAGUCUAUUCUUGUCCCUGACUCGCUCUCUCUCUCUCUCUCUCUCUCUCUCUCUCUCUCUCUCUCUUUUUUUUUUUUUUUUUUUUUGGCACUCUUGGAGCAAGUCAAGGUGGAGGUGCUCGAGGCCGAGGGCUUUGACGUUGAUGCUAAGCUGCGCCUGCAAAUCAUUGCUCUCGAGGAAGCCAAGAUUCAACUGGAAAAUGAUGAGCGCAAGCGCGAGGAGGAGCGCAAAAAGUCUGAGCAAGUUACGGAUUCGACCGCCAAGGACAAGGACAAGGACAAGGAAAAGGGCCAGGAAAAGGAAAAGGAGGAGAAGUCUGCACAGGCACCCCAACAGGCUGCUUCUGGCUCCACCCCAUCUACGGCAGAGCAGUCAAAGAUGGCCAAGGCCUCUGCCCAAGAUCGCGAACUGCGCGACGAUGCGCCCGUCAUGGACGCCUCCGCGCCUUCCGAUGUGGAUCUUUCGCAAGCUGUGCCUUCCACCUCAUCGUCGGCGACAAGCACCCCUACCCCCGCGGCAUCUGGCGAGACAGCCAAGCCUGCCAAGGGCGAAAAGCGCAAGGCCGAGCCACUGACUCUGGCCGACUGUGUGGACCUGGCCCUGGUUGUAUCUCGCAUGUCUGGCCACAAGGACGUUUCGACCGAGUUCCUGAAGCUCAAGGAAGAAGUUGAGGAGCAUCGUGAGGACGUGGCCGAUCUGCAAAGCCAAUCCCAAGACGAGCUGGCCGUCCUACCCGUUUCCCAAACGCUGUCGGCCCGCGUUGAGCGAAUGCUCAGCAAUGUCGAGGCCUCAAUGGAGAAGAUUGACUCGGCCAAUCUGGCUGAACUGGAUUUGGAUCGGGACGGCAUCAUUUCCCGCGAGGAGCUGCUGUAUGCCAUGCGCAACAUGAAAAAUAGCCCCAGCGAAGAGAAGAUGGCGUUGCUUGCCGACGCGUUGGAUGCCGACCACGAUGGCAAAUUGCGCCUUGACGUUUUGCAAAAGGUGCUCAACCUCAUUGCCUAUGAGGGUGUGGAUAUCCGUUCGGACCAUCUGCGCACGCUUACUUCGCUCGUGGAGCGCGUCAACGCUUCAGUCGAGUCGCCAGUUACACGGGCAAACACUACCGAGCCGAGCUCACACCAUCAUUCAACACCAGGUGAUGAAAUUGUUAAGCAAUUGGCCAAAAUGUGCAUCUACGGCGGCAAGGGCGCCCUCGGCAGCAUUUGCGUGACCUACUUUAAGGAGCGCGGCUUUAAAACGAUCAGCGUGGAUCUGGUGGCCAACGAGGAGGCCGACUCCAAUGUCAUCCUUAGCACGAAGCAAACCUUCCAGGAGCAGAAUGACAAGGUGCUCAGCGAUGUUGAGGCCCAGCUGAAGGGAGACAAGCUCCAGGCAGUCAUUUGCGUCGCUGGCGGCUGGGCCGGUGGCAAUGCCGCGUCCGAGGACCUGAUCCGCAACACGGACAUGAUGUUCAAGCAGAGCGUGUGGACCUCUGUCAUCUGCUCGCAGCUCGCAACCCGCUCCCUGGCCCCCAAUGGCCUCAUCUGCUUGACGGGUGCCGUACCUGCCCUGGGCGCCACCCCUGGCAUGAUUGGCUACGGCAUGGCCAAGGCUGCCGUGCACCAGCUUGUCAAGUCGCUGGCUGCUUCUGGUUCGGGUCUCCCCGAGGGCGCCAGUGCCGUGGCUAUCCUACCUAUCACGUUGGACACGCCCAUGAACCGCAAGUUUAUGAAGAAUGCUGACACCAGCUCCUGGACGCCCCUGGAGGCGGUGGCCAAGUUGAUUCAUGGUUGGAUGACUGAGUCGAGUCCGGCAUCAGGUAGCCUGGCCCAGAUCAUCACCCAGAACAACGAGACCUCAGUGGUGAUGGAGUAGGUCCUAUCAUCCCCUGGGCCUGGCACCUGGCUUCUUGAGUGUUGCUUGGCAAUAGACUUGCAGCAUGGGCACUGUGCACGGCGCAACCUCUUGUGUUCUUGUGAAUUGACAUGCUCCCCUGUUUUCCAAGGGGAUGGCGAUG